AUGAAACUGAGGCCACAGUGUUUUCUGCAUUUUCUGUGCUUAGAUAGAAUAUACUGUUUAUUAUCAGUCAGAAAUGCUAGAGCACUGUCAUACUACUUUAAUCUACUUGAUGUUCAUAAAAAGCAGGCUUUGAAUGAUCUGCAGUUUUACCACUUUCUUCACUACGUAACGGACCUGUCUUCUGAUCAAGUCAUGCUGGUGUUUGACUUGCUGGAUUGGGACGCCAAAGGAGAGAUUGGCUUUGAUGAGUUCUACAUGCUGGUGUGCAUCAUAAUGUCUCAUGAGAAUCACCUUGAAAAGCAGUUCAUGUAUCGCCACUCACACCCUGUUUUCGAGCUGCUGGACAUUGAUGGAGGACACACGGUGGGCCCGGCAGAGUUCCAAGCCACUCGCUUCCUCUUCAACAUUAGGAAGAGCGAGCUGAGCCAGAUAUUCAAAGACUUUGACAUCUCUGGCGAUGAGCAACUGAACUACAAGGAGUUCAAGAUGUUCACCAUCUUCUGCAUUGACAGACAACAGAGGAAGGCAAAAGGGAAGCUGAAGAAACAGAUGACAAGUGAGGCUGAAUCUGAAGAAGAUACUGAUUUAACCAAGCUUUAG